ACGAAACAGAAAAGCAGAAAAAACACAACAAGACUGAAAAACAAUUCGGUCAUAGGAAAAUUUUUAGAAUCUAAAUCUUAACUUUUUAGCCAUAAUUUUUACACGCCGUUUUUGUAAUGUUCUUGCUUAAGUCGCCGGUCAAUCGACUUAGGCUAAUACCGCUUCGAAACACAUACCAAUGUAGCAAUAGCUUCUUCAAGUGGACGGGCAAGAUGCCCCAAGCUCCCAACCAACAGCAGCAGGUGCAGCAGGUGGCAAAGCCAACAUCACGGGAAAAAUCAAUCGAGUCGAACGCACAAGCCCAGCAGCACAAGGAGGCUGCCAUCAAUGAGCCGAAACUGCCCAAGAACAAAGCCGUACCGCCGCCUAAGAUCAAUGUCAAGGAUCAGCGCGAUAAAUGGCUGGCCAAGGUCUCGCCCAAAAUGCAACGCAAAGCGAAGGGGAGCGCCGAAGCUGAGCCAGCCGGUGGCGGAAAAUUUAUACAGCAGCCGUCGCACAUGCUGAACAAUGAGGCCAAUUCACAGCACUUUGGCAUGCCCAAGCAGUUGCAGCAGCCAGCCUGGAUGCAGCAGCAGCAGCAACAGGUGCAGAAGCAUCAGCAGAAGCAGCAGCAGCAGUUAAAGAAACCCGCUGAUGAUGCGGGCGGCGGCUCGGCGGAGCGUAAAUCCUGGAUGAAUCGCAUGCACGGCUCACAGCAGACCAAGCAGGCGCAAUGGCUGAAGGAUAUGCAAGCCAAGCAGCAGGCGGGACGCGAUAUGCAGCAGCAGAAAAUGCAACAGAUGAAACAUACAUCGCCCCAGCCCCAGUCCCAGUCGACACAGCUCGGCAAACCCACAGCAAAAGCUGGCACUGCAACAGCCACAACACUUGGAGCAGCUGAUGCUGCCGAACCGCCCGUUGAGGAGCUACCCGAGCCCAAAACGCCCGAACGUCUGGCCUAUCUGGAGGCCGUUAAGCAGCUGAACAGCUAUCAGAUACACGAACCGACUGCCGGACGGGCACAGUCGAAGUCGAGCAGAGGCAGUGACCAGGUUGAUCCGAACAUUGAGCAUACGCUGCAGUGCCUCAAGCAGACGGGCUUCGAGGAGGGUCAGCUAGAGCGCAUACCGGUCAUCCAGGUGGCAGGCACCAAGGGUCGUGGAUCCACCUGUCUACUGGUCGAGGCCAUUUUGCGCGCUCAUGGCGUCAAGACGGGCGUACUGUGUGCCCCGCAUCUGUUUCUCACCAGCGAGCGGAUACGCAUCGACGGCGAUCCGAUGAUGGAGACGGAAUUCACGGCGCUGUUCGGACAGCUGCAUCAGAAAUUGGCCGCCAUGCAGCCGCCGCCCAGCUACACGAAGCUGUUGACUGUGAUGGCAUUCCAUGCGUUUCGCAAUGCCGCCGUGGAUGUGGCCAUUGUGGAAGUCGGUAGCGGCUGUGCCAACGAUUGCACCAAUAUAACAUCCCAUGCGCGUACCAUUGGCAUUAGCUCGCUGGGCUGGGAGCAGAACUUCAGCCUGAGCAAUUCGAUGCGCGACAUUGCCUGGGCCAAGGCGGCCAUCAUGAAGCCCAAGGCGAGCGUCUACACCAGCGCCAGUCAAACGGAAUGCUGUGAGGUGCUCAGCCAGCGUGCCAAGCAGGUGGGCAUUCAGCUGCAUCGCGUGCCCAGCUAUCCUGCCUAUAUGGAGGCCAAUGCGGGCAGCAAGAAGCUGCUAACCGGCGCCAAUUUCAACGUCAAGCUAAAUGGCUCGCUGGCCAUCCAGCUGGCCUAUGACUAUCUGCGGCGCUACUAUCCGGAGUAUGUGGUGGGACUGGAGCACAAUAGCGUGCUGUUAACGCCGGGCGCCACGCGUGGCCUGGAGAUGUUCGAGCAGCGCGGCCAAUUCGAGGUAAUGAAGCAUGAUAUUUUUAAUGUCUAUCUGGAUAGUGCGGACACGCUGGAGAGCAUGAUGAUGUGCCGGGAAUGGUUCUAUACGCGUACGCGCAGCAGUCGCUCACCAAAGAUUUUGCUCUUCAGCAAGGUUAACGAGUUCAAUGCCAAGGAUCUGUUGACCAUAUUGCGGCAUAAUAUGCGCUUUGAGGAGGCCUGUUUUGUGCCCAGUCCCAGUUACUUUGAGGGCGACUCCCUUGAGGAGCAGGAGGAGGGCCUGGAUAAGGAGACAAAAGAAGCCAUCAAUUGGCAUAGCAUGGAGGAGCUACAGCGUGCCCGACGCAAUGCCAGCAAUUGGCGUUCGCUCUGCGAGGAAAACGGCACACGCGACAAUUCUCACAUGUCCAUCUCGAUAGCGGCCGUCUUUGAGCAUCUGCGCGAAAAAUAUGGCAAACAGAGAUAUGGCAUGCGCAACGAACUGGAUGUCCUUGUGACCGGCUCUCGAGAGCUGGUGGCCGGUACCAUUCAAGUGCUACAGAAGAUGAAAGAUAAAGAAUUCGGCAAAUGGCGCUAAAAAAUAUUUCCAACACAGAUCUAAAAACUAGACCCCUAGCAGUCCUUUAAACAAGCAUUGGUUAUGCAUUCCAGUUACUGUAUUUAUGUAUAUGUAUACUUAAAAUUCUAGUUAUCGUUCCACUUGAGAAAAACCCCCACCCAAAAAAAAACCGCGUUUUAGUUAUAGACAGGUUUUAAAAUAUAUUAAUUGUUUUAUCUAUUUUGUAUGCCCUGCAA